GGUAAUUCAGUGUCAUUAUGCAGUGUGAGGUGCGUUGGAAUUGAAUUGGUAGCCCCAGCAAGGAAUAUUAAUUGCAGCCGUGAAUUGAAUUUGUCGAAUCGCGUUGGCUUGCUUUCGCCAACGCGUGGCGUCGCGGAAUGUUGUGCGCGGACGGUACCUACCGCAAUCAUCGUGGUACCCAAGCCGUACCGUGUCAUUCGUGUGCGUAGAAUGGCCGAUCCUCAUGCGGGGAACCGGUAAUGUUCCCCCAUUCGUUAACCGCACUGUACAAUGCAGGCCCACGAUGGGCCAAAGCGAUCCUACCGCCACGACCGUCACCAACAGCAGCAGCAGCAACAACCCUUGCCGGAACCGGAAGUGAGCAGCCGUGUCACGUCCUGUUUGGGAUUCGUGCCGCAAACGAAACUCGCCCCAAUCCGUGCCACGAUCUGGCUGUGGGUGCUGUGUGUCUGCAGCUUUGCCGUUGCUCCUGCCCGGGCUGGACCAAGGUACAGCUCGCGCAUCGUCGAUACAAAGUCGGGCGCUAUCCGGGGCGUUAUUCUCGAGCUCAACUCGAAGCACCUCGAGCCAGUGGAGGUUUUUAAAGCUGUACCGUACGCGACACCACCGAUAGGAAGUUUACGUUUUGAGCCACCGAAGAAACUUCCACCGUGGAAAGGAACCAAGUUGGCGGAUACGUUUGGAUCCGUAUGCCCACAGAGUUUUCCCGACAUCAGCAAUCGGACGGCGGCACUGCUCUCGAUGCCGAAGGGGCGUUACCAGCAUCUGAAGCGACUGCAGCCAUUGCUGGCGAACCAGAGCGAGGACUGUCUGACGCUCAACAUUUACGUCCCCGGAAGUGGAAGCCGCGGACUGGAGGCACCCUAUUCAAUUUUCUUCUACAUCCACGGCGAAGCGUACGAUUGGGGCUCCGGCAAUCCGUAUGACGGUUCGGUGUUAGCCAGCUACGGUCACGUCAUAGUUGUUACAGUCAAUUUUCGUUUAGGAAUACUCGGUUUUCUAAAAACUCGUGCCUCACUGUCACCCGGUUCCGGCGGUAAUCUAGGAUUAAUGGACAUCAUUCUCGCUCUGCACUGGGUACGAGAUAACAUUGCGUCGUUCGGCGGUGACCCGAAGCGCAUCACGCUGGUGGGCCACGACACGGGAGCCGCACUCGCGAAUCUCGUCCUGAUCUCCAAGUCGGGAAAGGGUCUCGUGCAAAGAGCGGUCCUUGUGAGUGGUUCGGCACUCAGCCCUUGGGCACUCAUCCCGGAUCCGGACGCGGUGCGGUUGGAAGUGUCGCAGCAGAUGGCGUGCCAUCUGGUGCCGACCCGGAACGGUCGGAAACCAUCGACAGAUGACAUUACCGAAUGCCUGCGGGAUAAACCGAUCGAGGCGCUCAUGGGCGUACGGUUGACCAACGUGCGGUUCAUGCCCUCGUGGGGACCGUCCCUGCCGCUGGAGGACUCGAUGGAUCCCGAGUUUGCCAUGGAGCAUUCGGGCGAAGGCUUCAUCACCAGCGAGCUAAUGCUGGGCAUGAGUACCACCGAAAGCUACAACGACUUCAGCGCGUCAGACAUUCAGUACGGCCUGGAGGAAGAUCAACGGAACAGGUUGCUGCGGACGUACAUUCGCAAUGCGUUCACGUUCCACCUGAACGAGAUAUUCUCCGCCGUCCGGAACGAGUACACCGACUGGGACAAGCCAAUCCAACAUCCAAUCAAUAUCAGAGACUCAACUAUGGAAGCCUUGAGCGAUGGCCAUACGGUGGCACCCAUCAUUAAGGUGGCUUAUCUGCAUGCAAGACGAGGCGCAAAGACUUACAUGUUUCAUUUCGGCUACCAAAGCAAGGAAAGCGAAUAUCCGCAGCGGCUGGGUAGUGUCCGGGGCGAAGAACUGCCGUACAUCUUCGGACUGCCGCUUGUGCAGGGCGGUCCGGUCUUUCCGCAGAACUUCUCGCGCCAGGACAUGGGUGUCAACGAGGCGGUGCUGAACUUCGUGACCAACUUCUGCAAAACGGGUGACCCGAACGAGGCCGGCCACCAGCAAGCCCAACCGCUCCAUCCCGACUACGGUACGUCGAAAGAGCGGACCCGUUUCCGGCUCAUCACGUGGGAAACGUACGAAACUACCACGCAGCAGUAUCUUAGCAUCUCAACGAAGCCAAAAAUGCGCAGCCACUACCGGGGACACAAGAUGGCACUUUGGUUGAACCUAAUUCCGCAACUUCACCGACCGGGCGACCCGGAUGUUUCCAUGCGACACCAUCACUUCCGUGAGCGGGAACCACACUAUUAUGCCGGAUCGGUGCGUGCCGAAUCGUUUAGCCGCCCGCGAUCACUCUACCAGAACGGCGUCAUCAACGAUGCGCAGGAAUCGCGCCAGGAAUCGUUCGGCACCGAGUGUACGCCAGAUCCGACGAUGGGUGAGGUGCUGCAGGAGAGCGGCAGUGGUCCGGGUGACCCGAUCGGGAACGUGCUGAGCGAGGAGGAGGAAGCGGAACUGCUGGAAAAGCUUGCCAACCGGCACUACUACAGCUACACAGCUGCCCUCGGCGUUACGGUCGGGGUUGGUUGUCUGUUGCUGCUGCUCAACAUGUUGAUCUUCGCCGGUAUCUACUACCAGCGCGACCGCACGAAACGGAAAUCGCAAGCCUCGCAAUCGAGCGGAACGGUCGGCGGUAGUUGCGUUACGACCGGUACAUCCGCCUCGCUGUCGGGCAGCAACGGAACGCCGGACGAAUCGGAAAUUCCACUCACGAGCAUACCGACUCCAUCGCCGGUCAAAGUCAAGCGUACGUUUGAACCACCGCCCAGCUACGCGACACUACCGAAGCGAACAGCCGGGAAUAACAAUGGCGCCGGUGCGGGCGUUGGAAGCGUACAUCAUCAGCACCACCAUCAUCAUUUGCAUCAGCAUCUGGCAGGCGCUUCGAGUGGGACGAAAGAGACGAAGCUUGGUUCACCGCCGACGUCCACCCAUCUCCGGUCCGGUUCCAGCACGCUCGGCCGAUCCGGCACGGGGAGUUUCUGCGACUCGUCCACAAACAGUCGGCAACAACCACAACAACAGUAUUUGGCCCAACAACAGAUAAUCUCACCACACAGCAGUAGCGUCGCCCACACGGCAGUGACAAUAACGCCGACAGCUACCGUCAGCCAUCAUCAGACGUUGCCACGCGCCAGCAAAGCGCCCCUUCCACCGAUCCGUUCUACGACCAGCAGCAGUAGCAACGCUUCCACAUCCUCCGGUACGGCUUCCACCUCCAUCGCGCCACUGACGUCCAUCCUUGUAAAUAGCAGCAGCAACAACCACCACCAUCAGCAUCACUAUCAGCAGCAGGGCUGCGAGAUGGCAACACUGCCACCGCAACCAAACAGCAACGUCAUAACGGUGGAUCUGGUAAGCUCGACUACGGCGGCCACCGGAAGCUCAUCGAGUAUGGGUGGCCAACAUCAUCAGCAUCACCACCAUCACCAUCAUGCGCACCACCAUGCGAACGGUGGUGGACCGGCCGGCACGACCACCGCAGCGAACACUGCUGGACCACCCGCUGGCAGCACGGCCACGCUCAAGAAACGCGUCCAGAUCCAGGAGGUAACCGUAUAGCAUCGGUACAGCACAGCUGACGACGACCAGGAAGCUGUGUGAAGACAUAAAUGCACGUUACGCUAAACGCGUGAAUAGGCGAUCGGUUCCGAAACGAACGAAGGCAGCGAAUGCUUGUCGUCGACAGGGGUGGCAAACAAUCGAUUGGACGGUAAAUCAGGCUGCAUGAUUUUAAAUAUUCCAAGCUAAAAAUGUUCAUCACCGUGCAGCUGCUGCUGCCAUCUUGCUCAAUCCCACCAUGCAGCUGAUUGGCAAUGCAAUGAUUCUUCAUUUACUCACUUCGCACUUACCGGAUGUAGAAAAAAAAACGCCAUUUAUUCAAUCGAUUGGAAGCAUUUGCAGCCAUUUCACCAUUUUCAAAUCAAUAAAUCUUUCCCAGCUCCAUCCUUUAAGACGAGCACACGAAAAAAUCUCAACCAGCUUGUGAAAGCUCUCUUCCCCAUUCGCAACAAGUUAAAGUCAAGUUUAGCCUUUUUUUUUCGCUUCUCACUGUGUAGAGAUUUUGCUAGGUUCUAGUCUGCUGCAAAAGCGAGUAGGAUUAGUUCCUACAGAAAAAAAGAAACCAUUUGCUCUGCUGCUUCCCCAUUUUUCUUUUAUCGAAAACCCGUGUUUGCCCAUUCGAUCGAUUGCUGCCCGAGGUCGACAAUCCAAAUCAAGCUCCCCCGUGUUUCGGGAUGGUACAAGUGACCGUACCGGGAGAAUAAAUCUCAACUGUAAAUAAGACACGAUGCCGCCCCGAAUGAAACGGAGGGAUGUAUCUGGCCGUAACCCUGUUCCUUUUCCUUACUCCACACACAGGUGAAUUGGAGACACAGAAAAAAAUCGAGGAAUUGAGAUAGGGAGGUGGAAGAAUUGUGUGUAAAAGUGUAGCAAAAUUUAAGAGCGCAUUCGGCUGAGGUUUAUCGAAUGCGAAACGAUAUUUAACGUUACUGUAAGGGUUGUUUCUUAACGCUGGGUGAGCAAUGCCAGGAAUUGGAUUUUCUGGUACAACAGCAUCCAGGUUGGCAUUGAAGUUUUAAAUCUCAAGACAGCCAGUCGGAUUUCAAAGAGAAAAAAAAAACUAACGUGUAGAUAAUGAGUAUAGAGUGAAUGUGAGCCGGAAUUUAUUAACUGUUUUGCAUAUGCAUGUGUACAGCGUAGCGCAGUGAAACAGUGCGUGAUUUGAGUCCCUCUAACCUCUUCCUCUUCCCUUUGCUUCCCUGUUUCCCUACGUUAGUUCCUUUCCUCUCUCCCUAUUAAAGGAACUCUAUAAUUCUGGUUAUAGUAAGUGGAAAACUGCAAGAACAUCUAGUUUAGGAUCUAUUUAGCGAAAAUCAUUAGACAAUUAGUGUAAACGAAGAAAAAAUAAUAAAACGGGAUUGAGAAUAGUUAUGGUAACUAGUGCAAUCGAUUUGAUCAUUAUUUGCAAAGCAAACGACAUUUAAAACGAUUCAACCGAUCAUACCAACUGCAUAAAGAUCAUGCAAAAAAAAAACAUUACUUCAUGCAAUACAACUCGAAAUGGAAAA